AUGACUAAUAACUGUGAAAAAAUUAUUGCUAAAACAGGUUAGGAAAUUUAUUUAAUCAUUGGAUUAAUUUAAUCAAAUCUGAUGGAUACAUAAUUUGCGAAAUAUGUAUAUCUUAUUCCAUGAAGUUCAUUAAGUUUCAUUUUUUCAUAUCAUAUUUCUCAAAAUAUUUUUAAUAUAAAUGAAUAUAUUUAGUGUUAUAGCCUACAAAGAGACAACCUUAAUAAAAUAAUAACGUUCUUGAAAUGAUUUUUAAUUUUAAAGUAUAGAAAAAAGCAUCAAGAGUAACUAUGUAAUUUAUUUACUGAUUAUGCAGUAUUUAUUUACUGUAAUAUAUAUAUUUAUAUGUAUUAUUUAUUUUAUGAUUAUGUAAUACUUUUUGAAAUUAUAACACUUCUAUAUAUUAGUAAUAUAAUAGUAUAUAACAGUAUAGGUUACUAUAUUCUCUUUGUUGGUUGCAACAUAAUACGAAAAAAAUAUAUAACACGUCUAAUAUGUCUGGUAUAUAUUUUCGGCACAUAAAAAAAGAUAAAUGCUUUUAUUUAAUGAUCAAUAUGAAAUAAAAUACAUGUCAGAUUUAAAAUAAUUUUUUAUUAUAUCUAAUUACAGGAUGGGGACUUUGUCAUUGUUUUAUUGUUGGAUUAUGUGGCAUGUGUGCGUUUGCAGAAGCUUGUGUUCUCCCCAUUAUUCUAGUUAUAGUUCCAUUUAUGGCAUGUGAUUUAAGUCUAAAUACAAGUCAAGUGACUACCGUGUAUGCUAUCUUAACUUUAGGAAUGGCCAUAGGAGCAUUUGUAUUCGGAACAAUAAUCGAUGCAAGUGGACGUAAAGAUUGUAUUCCUGUUACUAUGUUAGUUGUAUUUUGCGCUACUAUCAUUUUAUCGUUUGCGCAAACUAUUUUGCUAAUAUAUCUUUCAACAUUUAUACUUGGAGUGGGAUUAGCUGGUAAUAACGUGGCUUUAAGAGUAUAUCUAAUCGAAAUUUUGCCCAUGAAACGAAGAGGCUUUUGCUUAGUUAUUUUGGAUUUAUUAGGAGUCAUUGGCUACAUAUCUGCCUUAGGAUUAUCAUGGCUACUGAUGCCUUCGAUCAUACAAUUACAAAAUAAAAAAUUUCGACCAAAUUCCUGGCGAGUCCUUACAGGAUUAGGAGGUAUACCGAAUUUGAUCAUGGCGUGUGCGACUAGUUUGUUACCAACAAGUCCAAGGUAUUUACUUUAUCGCCGUCGGUACGAAGAAGCACUAACAGUAUUACGGCAAAUCUAUGCAAUUAAUAAUUCGAAGCAUGCCGAUACUUACUCGUUACAUAAUCUAAACAAUUGUGUUCGACCAAAUGAGGAGGACGAAGAAAUUACAAGAAAUGUAAUUAUUAUAAUACGGAAAUUCUGUAUAAAAACAUGUAAACGCAUCCGUGAGGCAUGCAGCACACCAUUGAAAUGUACGACGCUGCUAGGAAUUUGUAUUAACUUUUUGCAAUUUCCAGGAAUUAUUUGGAUUGCACUGUGGAAUACCCAGUUGCUUCAAGAAACCGAGAAUUUUAACAAAUCGUCAAAAAAGAAUUCUACGUGCAUUGUUAGUGUAGAGAGCUUGGCAUUAGGAUUUUUGCAGAAUUGUCAAGAAGUAGAUACAAAUCGUUUUAGUGGUUUUUUCUAUUUAUCUUUGAGCUAUAUAUUAGGAGAAAUUUUGUUGCUAAUUGGUAUCGAUGUUAUUGGUCGAAAAAUAUUCCUAAUGCUUUCAGGAUUAAUGGGAACAGCAGCGUGCCUUGGUUUAUUAUUUACAGCCCAUGACAUAGUACGAGUCAUUCUUUCAUUAAUCAUACUAGCAGCAUACACAAUCGGUUGCACAACAAUCCCGAUAAUUUUACUGGAAAAUUAUUUCACUGGCGUAAGGGGCACGAUUAUCGGUAUAUCUAGGAUAUUUCCAUACUUUAUUGGUAGCUUUGCUAAACUCUUUCUAAAUGUACAAUGUGUUACUAGUAUCUACAUUAUGUCAGGAAUUUUAAUGAAUUGCUCCAAUAUACCUAAGAGUAUUAAGAAUUCGAUCGAAGAGCUCGCGGGUGGUAAAACCAGUCAAAUGGUUGAUAAUGAGAAGUUCGGUGAUCAUAGUGGUCAAAAGGCCGAAAGGAAUGCCGAUCGAGGAUUGUACGGCACGAGCCGCGUUGCCGAACAAAGAACAUCGUCGAAAGGUAAACACAAAGUGGACGAAAGUGAAUUACCUGCACCGCCACCGGAUCCAUGGGCGAGCUUAUGGCGCCUGCAGAAUCCGCGAGAUCAAACGGAAGUAGGGCAGAGUCGGAACGUCGACGAAGACGAAGACAUGAUCGCCUACUUGACGGAUUGUGGGACGUUGCCGUUCGAAGGUCAAACGUCGGAGUGCCCCUCGAGAAAUUCUGCUGUGUCUGCAAUGGCUAUUUCAGGCGUUUACGCGGAAGAUGCCUUCGAGCACUUAGAUCGUUUGUACGCGUUCGCCGAGCAAAUUCUCGAGCUGAGGGAUCGCAGCUCGAAGUUUUUCAAACGCGUGAGGAAUCUGGAACGGCUGAAAAUACUACGCAGUGCCAAUCAUAAGUUGGAGAAUGCUUUCACAGGCGACAAGGACGACGCGGCUAUCGACGUUUGCGAGGAGGACACCGGAUUCGCGGAAUCCUUGUUGGACGCUAUGCUGUCGAAUUGCAGGGAUUCGCCGUUCCAAAAGCGGAACAUUCGAUCGUCCUCGUCCAGGCAACUGAGAAAUAAAUUCGACGUGGACUUCAAGCAAGCGUCGAUAGAUGAAAUUUCUGGAAGUGCGCCGAAGGUUUCGAAGUGGACCAGAGUCAAGGCCGCUUUCAAGUGGGAAAGAGCUUACACGAACGACGCAGAAAUUACGGAACCGUCGAUGGCAACGAGCACGCCAUCCACCACCACCGUUUCUCCCUCGUCUCCAACGGCUAAGUAUCACAGAAUACCAGACGUUGAAAUUAGAGAAUCGAGCAAUACUACCAAUGCUUCCUCUCCUGUUAUCGAACAUUGCAACGUAGGGACGCUCUUCGGUCGAACCUCGCCUCCAUCUUCGUUCAAUGAAGGAUUUUACGAUUCUAAUGAAAUUCGUUCGCAGAAGAGUGCUUUGAAUCAUUUAGAUUAUAAAUCUCUAAAGAGAAAACCACCGAAUAAAAAACCAGUGUAUGGAAAUUGGCACAGCGAGUCUCUCGAUGAUAAUAUUCUUAUAUUAGAUACUUCACAAGUUAACGAGCUGGGAUUAAUGAACGAGGUCGGACAGGGGAAACCAUUAAUUCGAAUUACAUCGGAUAAAAACCAGGCGAUACUAUCGUCGAACAGAAUGGACGAGAAAGGUACAGAAACGACGUCGAAGAGAUCAACGCCAACCUUGACGAUUACGAUACCAUCGCACGAAGAGGACAUCAGAUACACAUCUUCCCCGGAAUCGAAUUCGCCACUUUUUUUCAAUGCGAUCAACUCGGCAGGAAAUUCGCCACAACAUAGGAAGACGUAUCGAGACCUGUCUAUAAAUAAAGAUUUCAAACGGCAGCAAUCAUUCGGCGGAGAAUCGGCGAAGAUGCAGAGGCCAGAUUCCAAGUGGAACAAAGUCAGACGAGCAUUCCUAACGAAUUCAACGCCAAGCGUCCCGUCGAAUAUCAUCAACGUCGUCCCCAGGCAAAUGCUAUUUCAAGACGGAUUAGAAGCAUCAAUUGGUUGUAAUCACAACGACAGCGCGGAAAAUUUAGAGAAGGGAACUCCGUCGAACGUGCAAGCGGACACGCGGCAAGAUUAUCGUGCUCUCAAGGGAAAAUUGGGAAGCGAGUUCCAUCAAAAGCUGGUGGAAUGGGAACGUUUGAAGAAUCUUCCACCUCGCGUCGCCACGAAAGAAGUCCGUGAGAUUUCGUUCAGCGUACCAAGCCCGCGAGAGAGUUUGCUGUCUGAGGAAAGAUUAGCUCCCGAGUUCAGGAAGAAGCUGCAGGACUGGAAACGCGCCAAGAAAGUACGACGUGGAAGCGCUCCCCUUGAACAGCAAAGGAUCAAGCGACGUCGUUUGACCGACUGGCAACUUUGGAGAUCUCCCUCGAAAACUGAGUACAGGAACAGAGAGGUCGCGGCCCCGCAGAUCGGCGUUGAAUCUGUUAGAGAAAUCGCCAACGACGGCAGGUCUCAGCUUGGCGACGAUCUGCCACGAAAAAUCGAUAGUUCGAAGAGGGCGAACGACAGUGGUAAUUACGAUUCGAAAUCGGAUCGAUUGAAAAUCGAUGCGUCCGGUUUCGAUGAAACCGAGUUUCUCGCGCUGGAAAAGUUACUGUCGCUUUUUAAUAAUAACGCGACCAGAGAGAGACGUGGCUGCGACGUUCAACAACUGGACGAAUGUUUCGACGGGGACGCAAGAUCAUAUGCCGAUGGAACACAGAACCUAAACGAUACCAACGAAGUCUUCGUCCGCACAUCCGUCGGAUCAUACCGAUUCGAAGGCAUUUCACGAGAAUUCACAAGGAAGCUAUAUGACUGGGAGCGAUAUCGUGGAAUAUCGCCCACAUCUUCAACGUUCCGCCUCUUAGGGCCUGCUUACAUACCAUUUCUAAGACGAUCGACCAUCGAAAUAUCAACGGACUCGCCAACGAUUAGAAGCGACCAGCCGAUACUGUUCAAAGAUCGCUCUUUGAAGAGAUCGAAAUCUGUCGGUAGCAUUGCCGAGAAGACCAGUCAAGAUCGAAGUGCAUUUUUCGUACGCCGUUCGAACAGUUUACAGUCACUGAAUCAUCUCACGAGCAGAUUGGAAGAACUGGAUCGCAUCGACAUCUUACCAGAGGCUAGUGAGUAUUGUUAUUUUAUAAAAUAACCACCACAUCGUCGCUAGAAAGUAAACAAAAUAAUUGUAAUUCGUGCGAAAUUUUGCAUUCUCGUGAUUUGAAUGAAUGCCAUGUGUUUUCCUUCUAUCCCAUGUCUCUGCGACAUACAAAGUAUAUAAAUCAAAAGUGUUAGCAUUUAUACGAAGCUGAGUAAGAGGAAGAUAAUCUUCUUAUGAAACAGUAAAAAUAAAUUUUUGUUAAAUUUCUUUAUUUCUCAUUGCUCGUUUAUACGCAUAAUCGCUUUUCCGUCAACGUUCUACUAAUUUUUCUAAUUCAUUCGUGAAAAUAGUCAAGAUCUUCUUCUCAGAACCAGUUCUUCGUCUAUGA